UAGGUUGAGGCAUCUAUCAGCUGCUGGGCAAGCUUACCGCGGGAAGCUAUACCUUGGGGAUAUGGAUAUAGCUGAUUAUAUAGACAAAUUGAAAGUUUCUGACGAUCUCUUCAAGGAUGUAAAGUUCUAUGUGACGGGGAAGGUCCCAGAAGAGGUUGUGAAACUUCUCACAGAUGGAGGAGCCAAGCAAGAUGCACACAUUACAGACUACAUGACGCACCUCGUCACAGGAGAAGAACCCAGUGAAGAUGAAAUUGGAGUAGUAAAGGAUAUAUAUGAGAAACCCGUUGUAACGUCAAAAUGGGUUGUGUUCUCAGCCAAGUGUGGUAAACGGUUACCCUGGGCAGGAUUCUCUCCUGAAACCACUCAGGUAUUCUCAGGUGUGACAGCAUGUAUGUCUCAGCUUGGCCGUGCCGACACCCUUGCUGUGUGGGCAAUGAUUACUUUUGCUGGAGGACAGUGCAGUCUUGAGUUAAAUAACUCCUGUACCCAUCUCAUUCUUGGAAAACCUGAAGGGGCUAAAUAUAACUGUGCUUUGAGGAAUGAAGAACAGAUAAGCAUUGUGACUCCUGAUUGGGUGCCUGAUUGUCUUGCUGAGGGAAUUAAGGUUGAUGAAAUUGACUAUCAUCCACGUCUUCUGAAACAGCCAAAGUCACACUCAAAUCAGACCCCUGAAGCAAGUACAGUUAGGGAAAGAAAGAAAAAAGAUUCUUCCCAUCAGAAGAUUGAAGACUCAAAGAAAAAAGAAGAUCCUAAAAAAAAGGAACCUGAAAAGAAAACACUCUUUGAUGCUCUUCAGUUUAGUGAUGAAGAUGAAGAAAACAGUAAAGGUGGUUCAUUGUUAGAUCAACUCAAGACCCCUCAAACAUGGAAGCAGCCAAGCACUAAACCAACAGUGACAACAAGAGCUUCUGCUGGCUCCAGUGCCACAACCUCUGUCACUCAUGACAAGCCCAGAGCUCCACCUACAGCACCUAUCUCAGCAACUAAUCCACCACAAACUGUAACUGCCCGUUCAGUUACACCUCAGCCAGUCUCUGCCCCAAAAGGAUUAGCUCAGGGAUCAUCACAAGGAUUACUUCAGAGUACCACUCAAGUUUUGCCACAAGUUGUAAGCCAAGGAACCUCUCAUAUAACCCUUCCUGUGGCAACAUUGGGGCCUCCUCAAAGUAUUAAAUCUACAGGUGGAUCUUCACAGACUUCUCCAACGAUAGUUUCUGUUUCAAACAAAACUCCCCAUCAAGAUUCACAGACAGAUGCUGCCCCCCUUCAUAACUCAGCUCAGUUAAGUCAGACUCCAGCACCAGUACCUACAACAGUUACAGAAGCUUCAACUGGAAUAUCUGCUCAAGUUACUACUACCCGGCUAACACCAUUAACGCCAGCACGUGUAUUACCUCCGGCUACUGCUCGUGUUAAUCCUCCAAAUAUGUCCCGAGCUACACCACCGAAUACCAUCAGGGUUACCCCUCCCAACAAUCCUCGGGUAACUCCACCCAACAAUUCCCGUGCGACCCCUCCAAUUACAUCUCGUGCAACCCCACCCAUUGUUUCACGGGUAGCAACUCCAUUUUCUUCUCGUGCAACUCCUCCUACACCUUCACGAGCAACUCCCCCAGCUAAUUCACGUGCAACACCUCCAAUAACAUCCCGGGCAACUCCACCCAUUACUUCACGCGCUACACCUCCAGCAAAUGCUCGGGUCACCCCUCCAGUCACUUCUCGUACAACUCCUCCUAAUGUAGUUGGAGGAGGACCACGGGUACCUACAAUGCCCCUCACUGUGACUGGCCCAUCUGUUCGUGCUCCUGGCGCAGUAUCACAAGUAGCACCAGGCGGUAUACCGACACCUAAUAUGCCCAGUACUGCUCCACAGCAAGUUCACAGUGUUGCUAUUCCGGGAGCAGUUGUCCGUCUCCCUCAAGGUGUAACGCCUCACCAACUACAAAUGAUGACACCUAAUGAGCGACAGGCAUUUCUUCAUAACCUUCAUCAGAAACAACUACAGGAACAACAAGCUCGAGGAAAACCAAGAGCAGGAAAACCUUCUGGUCCACAGUAUAAACAGGGUGUACGUUAUGUUGCACCUGGCAUGCACACUGCUCCUACCCCUGGAACUCCUCCUACACCAGGAACACCAGUUUCAACUUGGCCAGGUCCCAGUCAAGGCACUCCUGGUGUUCGACCCACCAUGACCACUGUUGGUCCUGGAACUGUUGCAGUAGCAUACCCUGCUGGCCAACUGCGAGCACAAGCCCCAGGAGCUCCUCCAGUAGCCUCAUCUGGAACCCAAGGGGAAGGUGUACAACCUGGCUGGGCUGGUCAGGGUCAGCAACAAUACCAAGGGCAACCUGCUCCUGGUACCCGAGUGGUCGUUGGGCAAGCCAGCUGGCAACAACAACCACAACAACAACCGGGACUCAGACCACAAGCUCCAGCAGGUCCUGGCCAGCAGCCACCACCUCAAGGCCUACUACCUCAACACAUGCAACAAUUCCAGCUGCAAAUACAACAGCUGUGUCAACACUUCCCACACUUAACUCACCAGGAUGCUUCUCAACUUAUUCAACGUAUACCUGCACAUUUUCGACACAUUCAGCAACUUGAUAAUGCACAGCGUAGUGAUUAUUUAGCUCAGUUAGACUCCAAAGAGAGACAGGUUGUCACAUAUUUUAUAGUGAAAAAACAACAGCAGCAACUAUUUCAACGUCAACAACUUCUACAGCAACAGCAUCAACAGCAACAGAAAGUUGGAACACCACAGCAAUCACCACAUGCUUGGCAACAACAGCAACAGCCUGGACAACAGCCUGGGCAACAACAGAAUGUACAAGGGGCUCAGUAUCCUCCAAUGUCUCCACAUGGAAGACCAAUACCAGGUCGUACUUUGCCCCAGGGAUAUCCUGGUUGUCAGCCAGCUGGUGUAGUUUCUCCGGGUCAAGGGUCUCCUCACAUGGUGGCUAGUGGCCAGCUGACUCCACAACAGCAGUUAACCCCACAUGUAUCACCUCUUGCUUCCCCUCAUGGUCAUUCACCCAUCCAGCGUGGUGAUGGACCACUAAUAGGUCAUGCAGGACCCAUGCAGAGUUCUCCUGUUCCCCAGAACCUGGUUAAUCAACAAAACUUAGUUAACCCCAAAACAAAGACGGCUUUGGCCAUUCACCUUACCAAUAGAUUGGCGAGUGGAGUUCACCAAGGAGGAGUCCUACCCCCAGGUCCCCAGGCUCCCCAGGGACCAAUGGAAGUUCCUGCACAUGUUGUACCAAAACCUAGCAUACUUCAGGAGACCGUUCAAGCCACAUCAGAGUAUUGUAAUGACGGCGCACUUGGAGCACACAAUCAGCAGCUUUUCCGACUUCCCUCCCAAGUUCUUCCCAGCCCUGGAGGUGAGCCAGUAAUGCUGUAUCAGCGUCGGGCACUAGGGAAUAUUACAGGCUCAGUGACCAACAAUCUUGUUCGUCCUCCUGUGCAAGCAACACCUGCUGGAGUGGUGGCAGGCCAUGGUUAUCCCCGGCCAGCAGCACCUGCUCACCCUUCUGUACCAGCACCAGUUAUGGCUCCUGCUGCGCCACAUUAUCCACGUCCACACCUAGUUGGCCAUGAUACAAAUAUCAUGUUGCCCCGGGAACUGUGCUUGGUUGGCUGCGUGUUCUAUAUUGCGGAUUACCAUGGGGAGGUCACACUCGAGACUCUGCACUCUUGGAAGAGAGUCAUACAGCAGCAUGGUGGCGAGGUAAUGCCCCUCUAUGAUUCUGCCCGGGUCACUCAUUUGCUCUGCAAGCAUCAAAAAUCACCGGUGUUCAUGCAAGCUGUUCGUGAAAACAAACGUUGUAUAACUAUAUUCUGGCUUAAUGAUGUUCUUAUGAGGGGUAAGAUGGCUCCACCCUGGCAAGCUAUACACCUUCCCACACCAUUUGGAAAUGACAACAAACCAUGUAAAGAUUUGAUUGUCAGUGUCAGUGGAUUUGAAAAUGAAGAGAGGACCAUCAUCAAGUUAAUGUUGCAGCUUGUUGGAGCAAAAUAUACUGGAUACUUCUCUAGACAUAAUAGCCUUCUUGUUUGUAAAAAAUUAGAAGGACCCAAAGUAGCUAAAGCACGAGAAUGGAAACGUCCAGUUGUAAAUGGUGUUUGGCUGAGUGAGGUAUUGUUGGGUCAGAAUACUCCUCCACUUGUUUAUCAUGGUACUCGGUAUCAGCACUAUCUGGAUGAUCCACUACGAAUUGACCCAUCAUUAGCAUCACAUCUUUUCAAUGCAUGGAAGUAUCCAAUAAGUGUGUCAAAGGAGUCUGUAGAAAAGGCUAAGGCAGUAAGGGAAAUGGCCUUAAGGAAGAGGAAGACUGAAGCAGAUGGUGACCAGGAAAAUAAGCGUGCUCGCCUAGACCCUCCUCCUGCUCCUCAUCUCAGUGCUGCUCCUACACCUCAGCAGCCAUCUACACCAAAUCAAGUACCAUCUAUUUCCAGUAGCCUCCCACCGGGAUCUAUUGGUCCAGGUGGUGUUCGUGGAAACCUUACAGUAAUCAACAAAGAACUACCACCUGAACAACACAGACCACGUAUUCUUUUGUCAAGUGUGAAGCAUAAAGAAGAAGUAGAAAGGAAAGUACUGGAAUUAGGAGGUUACUUAGCCAGGUCCAGCGUUGAAGCAACGCAUCUCGUUAUGGGCUCGUCUACAGCGCAUCGCACCGUCAAAUUUAUGUGUGCAAUUUCUUCUUGUCGAUACGUAGUGUCACUGCAGUGGAUAAUAGACUCACAUAUGGAAGCAAAGUUUUUGGCUGAAGAAAAUUACUUUAUGGAUAUGCCAGAAUAUGAGCAUGUCUUUAAAUUCAGCCUAAAGGAUACAUUAAUGAAGCCUAAUAGAAGACAACUUUUAACAGGGAAGACGUUUUACCUGACGCCAUCAGUUGUUCCUGGACGAACUUGGCUACGGGAAAUUAUAGAAUGUGCCGGAGGAACAGUUGAAAUCAAAAGACGCACAUUAAAAGAUAUUAAAGAAAAAAACAAAGAUGGACUUUACAAGUAUUUAACCAUUGCUACACAAUCUGAUGUACAUUUAGUGAAGGAUCUUCUCCAGGAAAACAUGCCUGUUUAUAAUGCCGAGUUCGUGCUGGGUUCCAUCUUGAAACAAGAAAUUGAUCUUCAGAUAGCAUUAUAUGUUGAUGAAAAUUGAUCUUCUGCAUUAAUAUUAAAUGUUUAAAGACCAUCCAGGGUUUAGCCUUAGUGGUACACUAAAACGUAAUUCUAAACUUUAAAAAGGUUUACGAAUUGAUAUAUUGAUAAUUUAUUAAUGUCUUUACAGUACAUGAUAAACUGGUAAAUGUUUUCUGUGCAGUAUUAUACAAAUGGAUCAACAGAAGGCUAAGUGAAAAUAUAAAAGCCUACACCAAAAAAGAGUAGCUUACCUAAUAUUUUUCAAAACCAGUGUAUGAAUUCCAACCCCAAAUUACCUCUCCUCAAGCAUUCAAAAUCACCAAGCUCCAUAACUUUUGCAACCUCUGAAGACAAGGGCAAAGUUCAUGCAUUUCUCCCUACAAUCAAGUUGGAUUUCCUAUAUAACCCCCCCCCCUCCCCCUGCAAUUCAUGUAAUUCAAAUGAAAAAAUUGAAAGCCUUAAAAUAAAAUAAAAAUUUUAAAUUUUCUUUGAUGUUUAGGAGUCAUUCUUGUGUGUAAGCAGCAGUUGUCAUCAGAUCAUCAUCAAAGAGAUCGACGACAAGGUCUUGCUGGGCCCAACAUCCCCUCCCGAGAUAGAGACCUGACAGCUAAUGACGUUAGGUCAGUCUGCUUCUGGUCACGUGGGUUGGCAUCAUGGGUCAGUCUGUGUGUUUAAAAAAGGUUUUGUGUAAGAGUAUACAGACUCUCCUCGACUUACGACGAGGUUCCGUCCCGACGACCAGGUCGUAAGUCGAAUUAGUCGUAAGUCAAAAAGGCGAAAAUAAUACAUAGAAAUUUUAAAUGGGUGUCUCUUUUUCU